AUGGCAGCAUCGUCAGUUACCAAAUUCAGGGUGGAGUUGCACUGCCACUUAGAUGGCAGUAUUAGAGUCUCGUCGCUUUAUGAGCUAGCCAAAAAGAGAGGAUCACCGUAUGGACAGAAGCCAUUUGAAGAGUUCAAGAAUGAUGUGACUUAUACCGAAAUUGGAAAUUUAACCAAGUUUUUAAAGACAUUUAAAAUUUUUAUCCCAUGGAUUGUAGGAGAUCGUGAAUUUAUUAAGAGGAUGGCAUAUGAGCUGUGUGAAGACAAGGCUAAUCAAGGUGUAGCAUACAUAGAAAUGCGUUACUGUCCACAUUUCUUUGCUAGUGCCAAGGUUGCAGAGUUGAAACGCGUCGAUGGAGAUCUGACACCUCACGGUGUUGUGCAAUGUGUUAACGAGGGUUUGAAAGAAGGAUGCAAAGACUUUGGUAUUACUGCUAAAAGUAUACUAUGUUGCAUGAGAGGUUUUUCAGCGUGGUCACCGCAGAUUAUAGAAUUGUGUAAGGAAUUUCACAAUGACACUGUAGUCGGGAUAGAUCUCGCUGGCGAUGAGGAUCUCCCGUUAACAGACGAAGCUGUGAGGUGUGGUAUACAUCGUACUGUACAUGCUGGGGAGUCUGGUCCAUCUGCACAUGUGAAAACUGCUAUUGAUGUAAUGAAAGCUGAAAGAAUAGGCCAUGGUUACCAUGUCCUGGAAGAUGAAAAAUUAUAUGAGCGAGUUCUGGAGGAUCAAAUUCAUUUCGAGGUGUGCCCGAUGUCAAGUUACUAUCUGUCCUCGGCAGGUACUGAAAAUUUCCGAAAACACCCUGCUGUUAGGUUUGCCAAAGAUAAUUUGAAUUUUUCCUUCAACACAGACGACGAGAGUAUCUUUGAGACAUCACUUCCGAAUGAGUUUAACGUUGGUUAUAAUAAAAUGGGACUAAGUGAAGCUGUACUCACUAAACUGGUCUUCAAUGCAGCUCGGUCAAGCUUCCUUCCUGAAAAUGAAAAACUUGAUCUGAUUCGUCACCUACAAGGUGUGUAUGGGAUGACAAACAACGUGAACACAUCGCAGUGCAAUACACUAUAGAAGACCGCCUUCUAUGGCCAACAAGAAUCAUCAAUGGCUGUGAGUUCCACAGUGCAUUGUUCAUGUCCUCUGGACUGUUGGUGAGAAGCAAGGUAUAGAAGGAGGGAAAUCAUUGUCCCUCUAGGGUGUGUGUGCUCCAUUUAACAGACGUAGGAAUCUCAGAAAAAUUAGUCACAGUAGUCAAUUAGUAAUUAAUUAAAUUAUGGUAUUAAUUGUAUUACUAGACAUAUUCUAACUCUUUGUGGGAUCAUGUAAUUUGCUACAUUGAUACUCACUGCACAGAGAUCCUAGCUUGGGUUAGGGUUACAUAGACAUGUACAGUAAAUUUGAGGCAAUGAUAGUCACACUGCACAGAGAUCCUAGCUUGGGUUAGGGUCACAUAGGACAUGUACAGUAGAUUUGAGGCAUUGAUAAUCAUACUUGACAGGGAUCCUAGCUUGGGUUUCUGUGACAGAGGGGGCAUCCACUAAAACAAUUGUUACCCGUAUAUAUAUAUUAUACCGGUAUAUCCCAUAAUGCAAUGUCUUGACAACAUUGUAAAGAUGCACCCUACUGUCCACAAAUCUUGUCCCAGUGUUGGGAUCUAGUAGAAGUUUACAGUAUAUUUACAUUUUGCUGAUUUUUUUUCAAGCUGCUGAUUUUAAUUAAUUGUUAUUUUCAAUGUAUUGCUAAAACGACUUCCCCUUAGUUCUCGUAAUAGAUUGUUUACAUCUACAUGCUCCAUAGUACAUAAAUGGAAUUCGGCUAUACAUCCUAAAUCCAUCCCGUCCUAAAUUCAGUUAAAAUAUUUUUACAUUUUGUAAAAUUUUCAUUAAAUUUUAUCAUCAUUUUGAACCAUAUAAACAGUUUUCAGAUAUUGCUUUUAGUUUUUGAUCAAAAGGUUUGUCAAUUUUUAUCAACCUUUCAUGUGGGGACGAGCAGACCAUAUGGUGGCAAAGGUCACCCACCAGCUCUAUGUGUUUUCAUAUUGACUUGAUUAGAUAAGGGUUAUCAGUAAUAUCAAGUGCAAAAAUGGCAAAAACAACAGGUUAUGUAACGUUUACACAAUGUAUUAUUACAGUAUGUUUUUAUUUGAAAUGAACAAUUGUUGUGAGCAUGCUGCUAGGCGACAAUAAUGUGAAGAUUGAGAGAAUGACUUCCCAUGAAGUCUUUCAACAAGUGUUGUAUUAACUACUGCAAAAAAUGUGACAGACUAUGUUGAAAGGGGAGUUCAUGGAAUGGCAUGCUAAAGUAAUUGAACACUUGCUUCAUGGUGUGUCUUCUUCCUUUGAUGUUUUUUGCAGUUGUAGUCUACGUCCAUUAUUUUUAUUGGCGUCCUCACUCAUAUUUUUGCACAGUUUUCGACCAUCCAAAUCUAUAAUCCCGUAGUAAAUCCUUAAUAUAUUUACUUUGUUUUUAUUUCUGUCAUUGUAUUGUAAUUUUUAUUUUUUAAUUGUAUGACUAUCAUUUUGUCCAUUUACAGACAUCCACAUUAAUUUUUUGGAAGAUUUAUUUUGUUAAAUGUAUUUCUUUUCUACAGCUUUAUAUCAUUUCAGUCAUUUAAAACGGAA